AUGCUGGGGAUCUGUGGCCGCUGCGCUCCAUGCGGCGCACUUCUCAGGGUUGCGAGAAUUGGCGGGCCUCUGAUGCGGUGGCGUCCGGUACCGGCCGGUUCAAUUCGACACCCCUUGCUGCUGGAAUUGGAGCGGCUCGGCGUGGUGUUGGGAUUGCCCGUCGCCUGCCUUCCCGUUCCUCCUCCUCUAACUCCCCCGAUUCUUCCGUGGCGGACUCCUCCACCAACUCUGUUGUAAACGUCCGCCUCCCCUUCCAGUCGCUCCUCCUCGUCCGCCGCCUCGUCCGCCCCGCGAUGCCUGUAUCGAUUGGUGACGAAUAUUAUUCGUACUCGCCGCGGCCCGUUGUCAUGGCGUCGGCUGCAAUUGCCCCUCCUGCCUUGUCGUCCCCGGCGUCCGCGGCUGUGGGGAUGUCGCCUCUUUUCGCCCCUCGAUCUGCGCCGUCAUCGGUGACUCAGGUUGGCCUUGUCCUCGCGCCUGCUGCGCCGCCUGUUCCCGCCGUGGCGACGUUGUCUGCGCCUGGCGUGGCGCCUGGUCAUGCGCCUGUGUCGUCACCUGCUCCCGCGCUCGCCUCGGCAUCUGCUCCUGCGCCCGCCCCUGGGUUUGUUGCGGCGUCUGAUCCUGCGCACUCUCCCGCGCCUGCGCCGGUGGUUCCACCUGUCCCCGUGCCUAUGGUUGCGGGGUCGUCUGCUGCCGAUGGAGAGGCCUCUGUGCCGCCACUGGUUGCGUCUGCCGUGGCGCCUUCUGCUACUGCUGGUGCAGACCCGACUUACCAGCCACCUCCAGCCACCAGCGCCGGCCUGAGCUCGGCGGAGCCGGUGACAAUGGCCGACUUGCAGCGAGUUGUGUCUGACGCGAUGCGCGAGGAGCGGAACGGGCAGGCGAGCCUGAGCAAUUCGCCGCGCCACGCUCCUGCGCCGGUGUCUCAUCCUCCGCCUGCGCCCGCUCCUCCUCUUCCCUCGACUGCCGCUCCUCCUCUUCGUGCUCCCGCCGCGUCCGCUGCUGCUCAAGGGAACCGUCUCCGGCUGCCGUGGGUUCCUCCUGUGGCGGGCGUGGAGUUUGUAACUGUGGGCGGGGGACCAGUGACGCCGCAGUAUCCGUCCCUGCUGCCUGUUGCUCCUGAUCAUCCGGCUGCUGAUCUUCCGGUACAGUCGCUGGUAGGGCCUUCUCCUUCGGCGGAUGUGCCCGAGGCGUCACUCGGGCAGCUGUGGCGCCUCUCCGAGGGUCGGAGGGCUGUUCACCUGAUCCAUGUGUAUUGCCACGCGGCUCUUUCUCGUGGCGUGCCUCUGGUAGGCGGCCCUCUGGAGGAGUGCUCGGAUGCCGCUGACCGGCUUGCCGAGCUCCUUGCGCCCGUGUUGGCUGCGCCCGCGCGGGGUGGAGUUGCGGGCGUUGGACAGCUUGGGACUGCGCUCCGUGGUCUGCGCCGGGUGAUGCGCGCAGCGACUGCAUUCGACCUGAUCGGCGCAACCACUGUGGUGGGUGCACGAGCUUCAUCGCUCGCUGACGGGUCUUCUCGCCGUCCUUGA